CAAAAUGGUGGACGAAGAUGUGGUUAUUUUGGUUUGCAAAAACAACAAAAAAUAAUACAAACUAGACAUGUAUCGAUCGCUUUAUGACUUUUCCUCUGAAGAAGAAGAUGUUCUGCGUAUAAGAGCGGGAGAAAAGUUUAUAUUUAUUCAAGAACAUGACGCAAACUGGUGGAAAAUGCAAGGCGAAAAUGGUCAUGUUGGACUCGUGCCGGCGAGCUACCUGGAGCCAGACGAGAAUGAAUUGGAGAGUCCAGCAGCAAGGCAAGCAGUCCUGAAGUCAAUAGAAAGAGCCAUGGAAGUUAUACAUGCCCAGGCUGCCAAUAAUGGYGGAGUGUACACAAAUGAACAGAGAUCUAAUUUAAAGAAACUUCUAGGUCACCGUAAAUCAAUCUUAUCUCAAAAGAAACAAACCUCACAGAAGCGAUCUGCUCCAAAGCCACCACAAAARAAAGAUAAUGAGCCACCUCCACAACCAAGAAGACAGGCUCCACGUCUUCCUCCUAAUGUUAAAUGUGAUGCAUCCAAUACAAAAGGGGAAGGGACGUCUUUGGGUAAAACUGGUGUAGACUCUUCUUGUUUGCAGGAGAGUGGUUCCUGUUCCUUAUUGUCUUCAACAGCAUCAUCUGAGGCAUUCAGAGASAUUAAAAUACCUUCUAAUUUUGUUACAAAUUUAUUGGAAGAGCUGAGAAUAAACUCAACGAUAAGCUAUCAAGCGUCAUUCACUGUAACAGAAACUGUGUUGCAACAUAUCAAGAAAGAAAUUCCAGUCUUGUCUGAAGCAAUGGAUAAAAUUAUCCAGGAAGUUGUCAAUGAAAGGGAGAAUGCAGUGCACACAGAUGAAAGCUUACUAGUGACCCAUGAUGCCAAGAACAUAGAGUCUAUAUUAGUAGCGCUUACAGAACACAAAGAUGACUCACAACAAAGAAGCUGGGCUUUACAUUUAGACGAACCAAUCAUACURGAACAGCUUAAUCAACUUCUUGCUCUCUUGGUUGAUGCUAAUCAGAAAGUCUCGAAGGCUGURAUUGGUCAGGAUGACUUUAAAUACCUUCAAUCAAUGGUUGCUUAUUUUCAGAUGGAACACCGACCAUURAUAAGRCUUCAGUUACUUCAAGUGUUUGGCUGUGUGUGUGGGAUUGACAAGGAAGUCAUAACUCAACUUCUCUGUUCAAUUCUUCCUGGUGAACUUGCAAGAACAUUACAGGCUGCAGAUGACCUUCAACUCCAGUUAUAUUCCUCWCUUCUAUUAACUAUGAUAUUUUCAACUGCUGAGCCAGUGCCAUACUGGUUGUAUGAACAYUUAGAUAAAAAUUUUGUAAAUUAUUUGGUGCAAAGUAUUGAACAGGCACCAGAAGGUGAAGAUGGCGAUCAGAUAAUAGAYUCAUUUACAGGGCUGAUACUGGCUUUUAACCAGCAUUUUGCAGACCCAAAAAGUAAUAUUGUAAUGGAGGUACUAGCUUCUUGUAGGACAGCAAAAACACUCAGUGAAAAAGUGAUGCUGCUUUUCAACAGAGGAGAGGACCCAGCCUGGUUGUUUGAAAACUAUCCAAAGUUUUGCUCUAAUUCAGUUCUCAAGUUUUUAUCUGAUACGUUUUCCAGUAGAAGUACAUCAGGAUUGUUCUUUACUUCRGACAUGAUGGUCCUCUUAGAGAUUGCAGUAAGACAGAUUACAGACCUCAACCCUGGCAAUAGUUUAAGAACAGAAUACCUUUCCUURCUUCAUCUAGUACUGACAAACACAGAUUACGCCGAACACAAACACUUGUGCUCCGAGAUAAACAUAAUUCUAAAGCGUAUCAGUGAAGAAGUAGAGAUGGAAUCUCAAAAGGAUAAAUACAUUGUAAAAGAAAUAUUCAAACUGUUCCCCACUUUAUUUGGAAGGAAGUGAGCUACACUAAAUUCUAUGAAUUGUCAAUAAAAUGACUGAUAGAUUCUACCACUUGGGAGUAGAAUUCUCUGUUUUCAUGUAUGUUCUCAAGCUUGAAAAACAAAGAGCAGCAUUCGCAAGUGGUCUUAAUUAAGGGGCAAAUAUAAGGGGCAAAUAUUGCCCAAGUUAAGUCGAGGAUAUCUGCUCUUCAAGGGAGUUCUAAAGGUUUUUAAUAAAAUUUAACAAUAAAGUACUUGCAAUUAUUAUAUCUAGACAACUUUGUAUAGCACAUUAAAUUAUUAUAAUAAAACAUUUUAUUUGUAAAUGUAA